AUGGCGGCGGCAGGCAAGGUCCCGACGCUGGCCGAGGAAUAUUCACUCCCACCCAAGGAAGUCUCUGUCGAAAAAUCUGCUACGAGCACUGUGGCCGAAGUUGUUCCUCAGAAGGAUACUGAAACCUCACCAGCUGAUGAGACCGCUGUUGCUGUUGAGGAAAAAAGUGAAACUCCUGAGGUGAAAGAGCCAGAGGCGGAAGAAACCGUUCCUGCUGCAGAGGAAAGCGAUGAGGCUCCUGAGGAAACUGAAGAGAAACCAGAAAUUGUGAUUGAGACAGCUCCAGCAGAUUUUCGUUUCCCCACAACAAAUCAAACAAGACAUUGCUUCACGCGCUAUGUUGAAUACCAUAGGUGCGUAGCUGCAAAAGGAGAUGAUGCUCCUGAGUGUGAAAAGUUUGCAAAGUACUACCGAUCACUAUGCCCAAGUGAAUGGGUUGAGCGUUGGAACGAGCAACGGGAGAAUGGCACAUUCCCUGGACCCCUGUAA